CCGUAAUUAGGUUGAAGUGGUCCACUUGAGUCUAUGGCUCAUAUAGACAAAAGCCGUGUGUGAGAGAAGGAAUAAUAUAAUAGAGAAAAUAUUCUUUCUUUUAUUAAGUUAUAUAUAUAUAAUUAUCAUAUUUUAUUUUUUGCUUCUACUUCUACUAUAUACUAAAAUCAAACAAAAACUUAGAAAAAAGGAAAAUCAAGAAGAAGAAGUGAAGUUGUUAUAACAACUCUAUUGUUUGUUUUUGUUUUAAUAACAUUGUACACUAUACAAUGAGUAUUUUUUGGGAUUUAGCUGUUUUGAGUAAAAUCUUGUGGCUUCUCUUGAAAUCGAGCUGAGCUGAACUGAACUGAAUUGAACUAAAUCGAACUUCUUCUUUUUUCUUUUUGGUGUGUGUGUGUGUUCAUUUUACUUCAAAUUUUGAGGUUCAAGAAGAAAAAUGAUGUCUAAUGAUGGACUUUCUUGUUCCAUGAGAGGUGGUUUGACUUUGAUUCAAGAUUCAAAAAACCAUAAUACUAAUAUAAAUCAUCAAAAUCCAAACCCUAAUUCAAAUCUAGAUGUUUCUUCAGCUAAUAAGAGGAAGAGAAAUCUGAAUGCAUCUCUAAACUUAGUAUUUAUUCAACUAUAGUUUUUAAGGGUUUUUCAUGUAUGUAUAUUAUUUUAGUUGAAAAUGAUGUAGGAACGUCCAUCAAACUCCAUCCUAAAACUCUGAAUCCGCCUCUGAAUCAAUCAAUAACAUGUUUUGUAUAUAUACAUACAAGAUUUUAUUUUUUUUCCCCCUUUUUUUCAAUUGAAAAUGAUAUACAACACUCUAAAUUAAGAUUUUUUUCUUCUCUUUUUAACUCUUCUAAUUGCUCUAACAUAACUAUAACUUCUUUUUUGUUGCUAAAAAAAAUAGAUCCAAAUGCAGAAGUGAUAGCUCUUUCACCAAAAUCUCUAAUGGCGACGAAUCGAUUCGUGUGUGAAAUAUGCAACAAGGGUUUCCAAAGAGAUCAAAACUUACAACUCCAUAGAAGAGGUCACAAUUUACCAUGGAAAUUGAAACAAAGAAAUAACAAAGAAGUUAUAAAGAAAAAAGUUUAUAUUUGUCCUGAAAAAUCAUGUGUACAUCAUGAUCCAUCAAGAGCAUUAGGUGAUUUAACUGGGGUUAAAAAACAUUACUCAAGAAAACAUGGUGAAAAAAAAUGGAAAUGUGAAAAAUGUUCAAAAAAAUAUGCAGUUCAAUCUGAUUGGAAAGCUCAUAGUAAGAUUUGUGGUACUAGAGAGUAUAAAUGUGAUUGUGGCACACUUUUUUCCAGAAAGGAUAGCUUUAUAACACACAGAGCAUUUUGUGAUGCAUUAGCUGAAGAAAGUACAAGAUUUACAUCAAUCCAAACAGCAGUAAAUCUUAAUAAUUUGAGAAAUCAAUUGAUUAAUGGUGGGAUUAGCACUAAUCUCCAACAACAACAACAAAUGAGUGGAAAUAUUUCUCAAUUAAUGGGAUUGGGAUCCUUAGACCCUUCAAAUCAACUUAAUCUUGAUCAUGGACAAAAAUCAAGGCUACCACUUUGGCUUCAUCAUGAAAAUUCAAAUUAUGGUAACCCUAAUGACUUUUUAUCAACACCAUCAACCACAACAAGCACCUUGCCUCAUGAGUUGGUACAAGUGGCACCACACGCAAACAUGCUAGGCUCGUCUUCGUUACAUAAGAAUAACAACAACAAUAACAAUAAUCAAUGGUUCGUCAAUGACGAUGGUGGUGAUGCCAUCAUCACCACCUCGUCAUCGAUGCUGAUGCCACGUGUGCUAAAAGAGGAAGAAGAGAACAAAACUCUUAGCCCAAUGUAUUACAAUAAUAGCCACAUGUCAGCAACAGCACUUUUGCAAAUAGCAGCCCAGAUUGGAUCAACAAGGAGCAACAACAAUUCACCACUCUUUAGCAAUCAAUUUGGGCUAAUGACCUCAUCUAGCCUUAGUAUGAAGAAUAGUUCUUCAUCAUCAAGUGCCUCAAAUGUGGCUAUUCAUGAAAAUGUUCAAGGAAAUAAUGGAUUGCUAAUAGGGGCUACAAAUUCAACAACUUUUGUGGCUAACAAUGCAAAUACUUUGAUGAUGAUGCAAGAUAAAGGGAAGCAAGGUAACUUAACAAGAGAUUUUCUUGGUGGUGGAAGGAAUGAAAAGAGGCUAUUUUUGCAACAAACUCAUGAGAUGGCCAAGUUUGAAAAUAAUAAAUAAUAAUAAUUCUAGGAUUUUUUAAUAGGUUAUUAGAUUUUUCGUUCACUUAAUUGGAAUCGUACGAUGUUGAAGACACCAAAAAAAAAGUAGUUGAGAAUGUCACCUCUAGAAAAAAAAUCCACCAAAUAAUCAAACGCAAACGCAUAAUCGAAAUUUCAAUUUUAUAAAUUCUAAAAUUUUAAAUGGCUAUUUGAUUAAGUGUUACUAAAUGAGUUCUAAAUGUAGAAUUUAUACAUGUUAUACGGAUUUCUUAAUACAAAUAUGAGUAAAAGUUAAUUAA